AUGGAAAGGAGGAGGGAGGAGCGGAAAGACGAAAGAUUUUUGUUAAGUCAAAGUUUUCUUUUUGUGUACAGUGAAACGAAAAUUGAUGAGAUGGAAACGGCUGUCGUUGCUGUUGGUGAUAGGGUGUCUAUUAAGAUGUUUAUGGUUGCUGUUGUCGCUGUCGUUGUUGUCGGUGAUAGUGCUGGUGGUAGUAGAAGUGGUGAAGUUGAUGGUAUGGAUGUUGUCUGCUAUUGUUUCUGUUGUCGAGUUGCUAAUGAUUACAGCAAAAACGAAUGA